AUGACGACGGCGAUUGAGUUAUUAUACGAAUUUGAUAAAUAUGUCACUACUCGUCUCGAGUCAAACUCAUUUACUUCGAAUCUUCUCAUCACACCCACCUCAAAGUUUAUCACAGAACUACUUGUUAUCGUCUUCGUACUACUACUAACUUACGAAGUAAUAUAUUGGAGUGGCAUCUACUUGGGUCUAUGGGAAUACCAUGCAAAGGAUAUCUUCACUGAAGUGCCUAUCCAUUGUGCUCAUAUCAACGUGCGAAUAAACGUUGUACGGGAGAACAAAAAGUUUGCAUUACUCGAGUACUACGCAUUAAAAGAAAAGUAUUGUCAUAAUCUCAUAUAUUGGAAAAGAUUGAAUGAACUAAGCAACGAAGUGUUUGAAUUGAACAAAUUCAUCAAGUACUACUUUGAAUUUAGUCCUGAAGAUUUUGAAAUGAACAAGGAACCAGAAUUUGGAUCCACCAUUGGCCACCUCCGCUCAAAAGUGUUGGGCAUUGUCAAUAGUUCAGACAUAUUCUCGGACUUCAAUAGAAGCAAGUUGGAAGCUAACGACGUCAAGAUAUACAACAACCGAAAUGAAGAGGUACCAUUGACCAAGAAUGAAGAAUAUUUAAGCAAAUGCCACAUUGAAACAGGGAAUGUGAUUGAUGCAGUAAUUGUUAUCUAG